UGCAACGUCCAGCCUCCGCUGCCAGCCUCCGCCGCUUGCUGCUGCCCUCGAUCUUCACAGCAAUGGGAGAUAAACAUACAUGGACCAAUGAGCAAACAAAAUGCUUAUUGCAAACUUGUAUUGAAGAAGUGCAAACCGUGGGUAGAAAAGGUUUGAGUUUGCACAAACAAUCAUGGCACAAGUUAGGAACAACUAUUAAGGAAAAGUAUGGCGUGGAUUUGAAUCAACGACAAUUAAAAAACGCCUAUGAUAACCUUAAAGCCAAAUACACAGGAUGGUUAUACUUAAAAAACAAAACUGGAAACCUUUACAACCCACAAACAAAUACUUUUAACUUAACAAAUGAGGAGUGGGAGGACUUUAAAAAGGGACAUCCGAAAGCUGCUUCUUUGAAAACCGUCCCAUUAUUGUUUCCAGAGCUUUGUGCAGAACUCUUUGAUGGAAGCAGUGCAUCUGGUAAUCUCAGCUAUGCCACAUCCCAAACACCAUCGGGAUCAUCUUCUUUCCAUGGCGCACCAUUACAGCUUUUGGACGCGCCUUCCAUUAACAUAGAUGAAGAUGAUUUUUUUUCCAAUCAUACAAGUGAACAUUUUACUCAGACUCCACCUUCUGCUGCUUCACCUUCUGCUGAUUCACCUUAUGUUGCUUCACCUUCUGGUAACCCCAACAAAAGGGCUAAACCUUCAACUCCUAGACCUCGAGCUCCCAGUGCCUCACCUGAUCCACUUUCUUGUGCCUCGCCUAAAGCUUCUAUUACUGCUGAUGAUUUAGCACUGGAGAUGCAAAAAGCUCUACGCCAUUUGACUCAAGGGCCAACAAUUCCCCAGUGUUUAGAGAAGCUUGAGUUGCUCGAGUUAGACCCAAUAGACCCUAUACGAUUUGCUGCGUUUGUAAUGGAUCACGACAAAAAGAUACUACUCAUAAUUCUUAUGUACUUGUAUGUCUGCUACUUUUGGAAGAGGGGUGUCAAACGAGUGCGGGACAACGAUUCGGAAAUGACAGGACAUGAAUUUACGUUAGAGUUACUUCACCGUAAUCCUCUACAAUGUCUUGAAGUGUUACGCAUGUCUCGUGAAUCAUUUGUCCGACUAUGUGCUCAUUUUAGAGUAAACUACGCGUUAAAGGAUAGCAAACAUGUGUCGGUUGAGGAGAAGAUGGCUAUGUUUUUGAUGAUGAUCGGUCAUAACCAACGUUAUGUGAUUAUCAAGCGGAGAUUUCAACACUCAAAGCAAACAAUUCAUAAGUUUUUUCAUGAAGUGUUGGCCAAAAUGUUGCUUUUCGCACAUGACAUUAUAGUACCAACAUCUUUUAAUCCGAAUCCAAACAUUCCGGGACAUAAUAGGAGGCUACGACGGGUGUUCAAGGGAGCAGUUGGUGCACUUGAUGGCACUUUGAUACAUGCUGUUGUCCCUGCAAACAAACAGGAUUUAUAUAUAAGUAGGGGAAAAGGCGAUUGUUACCAAAACGUAUUGGCAAUAUGUGACUUUAACAUGAUGUUUACGUUUGUUGUUGCCGGUUGGGAAGGGAUAGCACACGAUUCUAGAAUUUUAUCAGAAGCAUUAGCAAAUCCACAUGCACCAUUCCCGCUUCCACCUCCAGAUAAAUAUUAUCUAUGUGAUGCCGCCUAUGCAAACAUUCGAGGUUUUAUGGCACCGUACCGUAAUGUUAGGUAUUGGCUUGGAGAUUUCCGUCGAAGACGUGCAUUAACGAAUAAAGAAAAAUUUAACCAUGGACACGCAAAACUUCGGAAUGUCAUUGAACGUGCUUUUGGUGUCUUGAAAGCACGAUUCCCUAUACUUAAGAGGAUGGCACCAUUCUCGUUGGUUACACAACGAAACAUUACUCUAGCAUGUUUUGCGCUUCAUAAUUUUAUAAGAAGAGAGGGACUACGUGAUGAGUUUUUUGCACGAUAUGAUGAACCAAAUGUCUCGGUUCGGAAUAACAAUGCGGUCGUUGAUAAUGAUGAAGAUGAGAUUCCAACACAUGGUACUGCUGCGGACCGUGAAUAUAUGAGCCAGUUACGGGAUGAAAUUGCCGAACAAUUGAUGCAAAAUAUGGAAUGA